AUGAAAGAAGCAAGUUAUGCAGAGGAGUUGAAAAUACUUGCAAACUUCAAAGAAACUCGAAACGAGUGGUUCGUGAAAGAGGAGAAGAAAACGAGGAGCGGAAAGGCAACUCCUAAAGUACAAGCUGAGGAGGGUUCAUCUUCACAACCAAAGAAGCGUCAAAAGAAGGUUGUUGUAACCAUGUUGGUAGAUGAAUCAGAGAAAGAAGAUGAAGCUGAAGCUGAAGGUGAUGCUAAAGGAGAUCAAGUCCGUUUGUCUCCUGAAUCUGCAAAGUUUUUGAAAUCUCUUAAUGAAUAUAAUGCUGAAACUGAAAAGGCAGUUGGUGAAGAAGGUGACGAUGUAGAGAAAAGUUUAUCAAGCUCAUCUGAAGAAGAAAUUGAUGAAAGUGAACGUGCGGAAAGAAUUAGAGCUGAAGUAGAGAAAGAGAAACAGCUAAAGAGAAAAAGAAGAGAGGAUAAAGAUGAUGAAUUGUACAGUCCAUCUCCUGAACAUGUUCUAGAAUCUCAAACACCUCCAUCAUCUGGUGGUAGGAAGAAGGCUAGUGCAAGAAAACGUGUGGUUUCUCAUAAAGCAGCAAGAAGAAAGUUGAUAGUCAAGCUGCCUAAACGCACAUCUAAAUCAAAACCUCCUACACCACCAAAACAACCUACACCACCACUGAUGCGUGCUAGCUUUAAAGAUUUUCCUCAAAUUCCAGUGAAUAUUCCACUUGAUGAUAUUGGAGAUUUCAGCUUUGUAAAUGAUGAGCAGGUGAAGAAAUUGGAAAAGAAGAUAGAAGAAGUAUUGGUUGAGAACAAAAAGUUGGUGGAUCGGGAAAAGAAACUUGAAAAGCGUGUAAAGACAGUUGAAGCUGAAAACUCUUCAUUGUUGCAAAGAGUCGAAUCAGAUCAAGCUGAGAUUGAUAUUCUGAAAGUUAGAAUUACAGAGUUGGAAGAAGAAAAGGCUCGCAGAGAUGAGCAGAACAAGUAUUUCAAGUUAAAGAAUAAAGAGUUAGAGGCUCCCAAUGCGAAGAAAGAACACGAGAUGUAUAUGAUAAACAAAGUGUUAGAAAAUUUGCUUGGAAAAUCUGUUGAGCAAAAGUUUGAAGAAAUUGAAGUUGAAGAAGUUAGAGCUCGUCGUCAAGCUGCGAUUGAUGCUGAGAUGAAAAAUAAGGGUAAAGGUGUUGAAGGUACUUCUGAAGUUACUGAGAGGGCAAUUGUUCCAUCUUCUGUUUCUGAGUCACCUGUUAAAAAUCCUCGUCCUAUAUCUGCGGUGUCUGAUGAUGUAUUUUCUGCUAGUAGUCAUAGUGAUGAUGAUAAUGAUGACGAUGGUCAAGGUGGUACAGGCAUUAAAGUUACAGAAGUGUCUAAUGAAGAAAAUAUUGAUGAUUCUCUUCGUGACGAUGCUAAUGAAGAGCCAGAUGCUGAAGGUGAGGGGGAGAACGUUGAUUAUAAGAAUGUUGAUGACAGUGAAAGAUUGAUUUUGCGUCUUAAACCUGAUAUUAAGGAAGGUGAAAUCAGGCAUACUUACACAAUGGAUGAUAUCAUUAAGAUGACGCACAUUGAUGAAAGUACUUUCAAGUUUGAUUUCGAAGAAGAGUUGAAUGCGUUUGAUAUCAAUCAGCAGCCCGAUUAUCAGUACAAGUAUGUUGAGGAAGCUGACAAUUAUGAUAGAGCUGAGGUUGAAGACUGCAGUGAUGAAGAAAGUGUGAAUGUAGAUACUUCAAACUUUCCAACGCUAGUUGAAUUUUUCAGUCAAGUGAACAUUGAUGAAUUGAGAAGGAAAGUUGAAGAGUGUUUGAAAAACAAGAAUUUUGAUGGAACGACAAAAGAUGAAAGUCAUGAAGAAAGGAAGAAAUGGUUUAGAAAGAGUACUGAAAUAAAAUUCAAACGUCCACUGAAGUUUUAUAAGAGAGACCGAGAAAUUUCUCUUGGUGACAUUAUUAGCUGGGGAUUCUUGCCACAAGUGAACGUGUAUGCAAUCAGAAGAGAAUAUGGGGUGCAGCAUUUUGAGUAUAUUCAGGAUAUCAUGUCUCUACCCUGGUGGGAUGUUGAAGAAUUGUCAAAAGUUAGAACUUUGAACUAUCCUAUCAGAAAACAUGAUGUGCCUAUUUGGGGUUUGAUGAAGUAUGAAGCUUUCAGAUAA